CCUUUCUCUAUAUUACGUACCUACCUAAAUCAUGUGGUGGCUUCGCCUUCUUUUUGCCCCCUCCCCAAGCCCAGGUCGAGCCAGCGUAAGUUUUUAUCGUGAACGAAUAAAAAGAGGUUAUCGUCGUUGGUCAAGUUCGCCUCGUCAGACAUGAUCUAAUCCCAUAUUUUUUUUUCCCUUUUUUUGCCUCCGCAAAACCUUCGACGGACGUCAUCUUUCGUACCGUCAUCGCCUCUCCCUCUCCUACCCACCGUGCUGUUUUGCUACUAUUCCUAUCGUUGCUGCAACGUAGAAACCGGUGAUAACUGGAAACAAGUGUAACGCCCUAUCCGUCCCCUCGAGUCCUGUGCGUCCCUUCGACUCCCUGUUCAUGUCACGCCUUCUCGCCGCUGUCCCUUAUCGCCUCGAUGUCUGCCGUGUCGACGCCUACUUUCACCGCCGACGGGCAUCCGCUGCGGUCCGUCCUUAAACAGGAUGACGAUUCCGAGAGGACGUCCUCGCUGCAUAACACUCCGGUGGCCAAAGCCGUACAGAUUGCGGAGCCCCCGCCAGACCCGGACAACGCAGACGAGACAGCACCGAAGAGGCAAUACUCGGCCGGAGUUGCCAGACGCCUGAGCGGUCGCCCCCCGCUGCAGGACAGCAGCUCAUCCAGGACGUCUCUCCUCAGCCAAAGUAGCGUAGAGGCUCUGAGCAGCCACACCAGCAGCCAGUCUCUCCAUCAAUAUCCGCAGGACGGCAGCCGCGCCCACUCGCAUCACCAUCCCCAUCACCACACCCAGUUGGACAAGUUCCUCGCUCAGGUGGCCGACUGGCUGGAACAUGAGCGAGCCAAGAAGGAAAACCGAAAGGCGAAGAGAGUCCACUCAGGCGGCAGGCGGAAAGCCGCCAGGGAUGAGGCCGACGCGCCGCCGUCUCAGCGAGCCCGGUCGCGCUCGACCGAUUCUGAGUCCAGCGACGUGUCCCUCGAUAGGCUGCAAGUGAUCGUCGACGAUGGGAUGGCGGCGCUGGGGAAGCUUGCGCGGAAGACCCAGCAGCGGCGGCGGUCCGUGACCGCUCACCGCACCGCGUCCUCCGACACGGACUAUCACGACGGCGACGUACUCGUCCCCGCCUGCGACGCCGUCCUCGACAACACCAAGACCCUCGGCUACCUGGCGGCGAAGGCCUCCGCCGGCGACAGCAGCGCCCCUUUGCUCUCGAGCAAGCGCGAGGAGAAGGAGCGCAAGGCCUGGCUCGCCUUCAAAACCGAUAUCCUAAAGCUAACGCACACGCUAGCGCUCAAAGGCUGGCGGCGGGUGCCCCUCGAGAGCAGCGAGGCUAUCGACGUCACGCGCCUCAGCGGCGCCCUGACGAACGCCGUGUACGUGGUGUCGCCGCCGGAGGGCGUCGCGGCGCGGGGCGAGGGCGCGAAGCGGACGCCGGCGAAGCUGCUGCUGCGCGUGUACGGGCCGCAGGCGGAGCACAUCAUCGACCGCGAGAACGAGCUGAGCGUGCUGCGGCGGCUGGCCAAGAAGCGGAUCGGGCCGCGGCUGCUGGGCACCUUCACCAACGGCCGGUUCGAGCAGUACCUCAACGCGGCCGCGCUGACGGCGGCGGACCUGCGCGACCCGGACACGUCGCGCCAGAUCGCCAAGCGCAUGCGCGAGCUGCACGACGGCAUCGAGCUGCUCGACCGCGAGCGCGACGGCGGGCCCAUGGUGCUGCGCAACUGGGACGCCUGGCUCGGCCGCGCCUCGCGCGUCGUCGCCUUCCUCGACCGCCAGAUCCUCUCGCCCGACCCCGGCCCCGGCCCCGGCCCCGUCCGCGCCGGCCCCGCCGACGCCUGGAAGGCCCGCGGCUUCGUCUGCGGCGCCGAGUGGCCCGCCUUCAAGGCCAUGGUCGACAAGUACCGCCAGUUCCUGCUCGACUACCACGGCGGGCCCGCCGCCAUACGGGACUCGCUGGUGUUUGCGCAUAGCGACACCCAGUACGGCAACAUCCUGCGGGUGCGGCCGGACGACAAGAAAUCGCCGCUGCUGCAGCCGCACUACGAGCACAAGCAGCUCGUCGUCAUCGACUUCGAGUACUCGGCCGCCAACACGCGGGGGCUCGAGUUCGCGAACCACUUCACCGAGUGGUGCUACAACUACCACGACGCGCGCGCCCCCUACGCCUGCGACGUCGCCACGUACCCGGCGCCCGAGGAGCAGCGCCGCUUCAUCCGCGCCUACGUCAGCCACCGGCCCGAGUUCCCCCACGCCGCCGCCACGCCCACGCCUCUCGCCACGCCGACGAUGCGGCCGAGCACGCCGGGCCUCGGGCCCACGAUAGUCGGCGCGGGCGGUGGAGAAGGAGGAGGAGGCGGGGGCGGGGGCGGAGGCGCGGUCUCCGAGGCCGAGGGCCGGCUGCGCCCGACGAGCUCGAUCCGCGAGUUCACGCUGGACGCGCGCGCGCCGGCGGGCGGGUGGCGCGAGGAGGAGAAGCGCGCCGAGGAGCAGGCCGAGGCGCUGGUGGAGGCGCUGGUGCGGGAGGCGCGGGUGUGGCGCGUGGCGAACAGCGCGCAGUGGGUGGCGUGGGGGGUGAUGCAGGCCAAGAUCCCGGGGUUCGACGAGGACGAGGACGAGGACGAGGGCGCGAGUAGCGGCGGCGGCGGCGGUGGCGGGCCUGACGAGGACGAGGGCGACGCCGCCGAGUUCGACUACCUCGCGUACGCGCAGGAGCGCGCGCUCUUCUUCUGGGGCGACUGCAUCCGGCUGGGCCUGCUGCGCGAGGAGGACCUGCCGCCGGCCACGCGCCCCAAGGUCAAGUACCUCGACUACUGAGGCCUCCCCGGCGCCGUCGCCGAAGGAGGCCGCGCCCCGCGCCAGGCCGUAGCCGCACUGAGCGGCGCACGAAGGCGACGGAGAGCACAGGGUCUACGUUCACCGCGGCGAAAGGGGUGGGGGUCGCGAGGAGGCAAUAUACCUACCUAGGUAUAUGCCUACACGCGACGGGCCCGCGCACACACAUGUCUAUCUAUCUGCGUACCUAUCUACUCUGCUAUGGAGGAGGAGGAGGAGGAGUAGGAGAGUAGCCGGCGUCGCGAGAUACCCGGGACAGCAGCGCGUCGCCUACGCGCCCGGGCAGCGAGCGGACGAGAAAC